AUGGAAAGAAAUAAUACAAUAAAUGAUUUUUCACUAUAUAAUGAAAAUAUAAAUGAUAAACCGAAUAUUAAUGAUAAAUCGAAUAUCAAUAAAGGUUCAUCACUUGUUAAACAAUUAAAGCAAACUAUUGAAAAUAUUCCAAAAACUACAAAUCAUAUCAAUCAAUUGAUGCAUUAUUAUACACCAAAUCAAAAACAAUUAGAUGAUUUACAAAAGAAUUAG